AUGGACAGCCCGUUGAAGCCAGCCGAGCUCCAGGUCCUUCGAGCCCAGUACGAGAAAGAAGGCGAAUACGUUGGCGUCCAGACCAAAUUCAACUAUGCCUGGGGCCUGAUAAAAUCCAGCUCCCGGCCGGAGCAGCAAGAAGGCACCCGGCUGCUUUCUGAGAUCUUCCGAACCGCGCCCGAACGACGACGGGAGUGUCUCUACUACCUCGCCCUGGGCAACUUCAAGCUGGGCAACUACGGCGAGGCGCGACGGUACAACGACCUCCUGCUCGAGCACGAACCGAACAACCUGCAGUCCGCCAGCCUGCGCACCCUGAUCGAUGACAAGGUCGCCAAAGAGGGCCUCAUGGGAGCCGCCAUCAUCGGCGGUGUCGCCGUGGCUGCUGGCCUGAUCGGCGGCCUCAUCAUGAGAGGAACCCGGAAGCGAUGA